AUGGCCACCCCCAUCCGGCCGCUAGGCAGCCUCAAACAGGCGCUGCGGCAAUGUCGCGCAGAGCGUGAGCGCAGUCGAAGCUAUGCAACUGCGCCAUUGAGACCCAUCACUCACCAGCCCGAUCUCGUGCUCCCACCAGUCAAAUAUCCGUCACUGGAGCCCCGACCGAUCAAUCCUCCCUCUUCAGGAUUCCGGCCUUCGCAGGCGAUAAAGCAGAACCGCUUCGAAGAAAGCAUGCGCAAGAUUCCCAGCAUACCUCCUCCCCGAUCAACCGUCAAAGCAUGCCCAGACCCCAUAGCAGCAGUCACACAAGCACAACUUGCCGUGCUAGAUCCCACAGGAGCCCGAACACGACUCUUCGCAGACUCCAAUGCCGAACGGGUGCAGCCUGGUGAUAUUCUGCACGUGCGCCUCAAGUCCGGCGACCCUGUCAGUGGAGUCUGUCUUGUCAUCAGAAAGCGCAAUUCGCCAAUUGAUACUUCAAUUCUGCUGAGGAAUCAGCUCACAAGAGUGGCGGUGGAGGUGUGGUUCAAGGUUUAUUCGCCAAAUGUGGAGGGGAUUGAGAUUGUGCAGCGGAAGGCGAAGAGAGCGAGACGUGCGAAGCUCUAUUACAUGCGUAACCCCAAGCACGAUGUGGGCAGUGUGGAGAACAUUGUAAGGCAAUACUUGAGAAACAAGGCCGGUGGAGGUGUUGGUAGUAAGGAUGUCAAAGGCCGGGAUGCGAACUCUGGGAGGCGCAAGGUCAGCGGGAAGAAGAAGAGGUAG